CUGGCACAACUAGGAUCAACUUUCAGUUCGUCUUGUUGGGAACCGAUCAAAGGCAACUAACAGGAUGAGGACUGUACUGAGCCUUUUCGUUAUUAUUGCUGCUGCUGUGGCAUGCCCACUAUUGAAAAAUUUGAAAAAAUCAGACUGUACUUGCGAUGUGCCUAAAAUAUGUCCUUCUACAUGGAACAUUCUGAAAUUUGAAUCUCAAUGUUCAACAAUGGCAUUCCAAGGAAAAUGGUAUGUACAAAUAGCAACACCAACAUACAUCGACGAGCAAAACCCAUUGAAAACUGGACUUUUCUGUAACAGUUAUCCAAGCACCAAAAAUGAAUUGAUAUUCCAGGAUACCACACCUUGUGAUAAAACUGACUACAACAUUGAAUAUGAAGUGAUUGAUCAAUCAUUCAAUGUCUACACACAAUGUAUUGAAACCACAAAAAUGUUAUUCAGUCCAGCCUAUGGAAAAGACAGCAAAUAUGCAAUCUUUAACGUCGGUACAGAAAAAUAUUAUAAAAGCCCACUAAUUGAAACAUAUCCAUUUAUUGACGAAAAUUUAAUCAGACACAAAAUCAGUGAUUCCUGUCAGAGAGAAUACACAGUCGCUGUAAUUGGAGCCGAUAAACAUUGGAAAGAGUAUAUGGUUUUGGCUGUUAUCAACAGAUAUAAAAACUUGUUCUGCGACAAUGAGUAUAUCAUCUGGGUAAUGACAAGAGAUCUUAUCCCUAAAUGGAGUACUUAUAAUAAAGCAUUCGAAGACAUUCAGAAGAGUGGUCUUAACCCAUACCAUUUGAUAAGUGUUGAUCAUUCGUUAGAUUCAUUGGUAACAUCUUUGUUACCUUCAGUACCUUCAGUACCUUCAAUACCUUCAGUACCUUCAGGACCUUCAGUACCUACAGUAUUACCUGGUGAUAUCAAUAAUGUGGUACAACAAACUUCCGUCUCUAAAUCAUCAACAACAAAAUCCAUAAGUACUGACAGUACUUCAUCUACUUCAACUACUUCAACAACUACAGUAGAGACAUCAACUGUUGUAAUCGAGAUAAGCUCAGAUUUCACUAGCACUUAUGAAAUUGGACAAUGUGAUUUAUUCAACAUUUACAAUCUCCAAACUUUGAAGAACUUGGAUUCUAAAACUAUUAGACAAGCCUUGUCUGGAAAAUAUUACUUAACAGAAGCAACACCUUGCUCAUAUUUCGAUAGCCCCAAUUCUAGAGUCGGUAUUUUAAAUACUGCUUUCCCUGCAUGCUCAAUGCAACUUAUUUUCGACGAUAUAUCCAUGGAUACGUGGGAUUACAAUACUCCUCAUAUGGUGAUGGACCGCGGUUAUAACAUGAAGACCGGUGAAAUUCAACAAACGAGAAGCUAUAUUUCUUCACUGUAUAAUGCAGACCAUCCAUACGGUUCAACUGUUUUCUCAAUAUAUUCCGAAGGAUAUUAUCCAGAUACAAUUGAAGAAUUGAUUAAACUUAAAUUAGAUGGAAUGAUUUGCAAACAGCCUUCAGAUAUAUACAAACAUCAAAUCAUUGCAAGCAUUAUAGGAUAUAAAGAAAAUGAAUACUUAUUGCUAAGUAUUGCAAACCAGUACAAGAACACUUUCUAUACUACAAAGACAGUACCUUUAGUCUAUUGUUAUACCAGAGACCGAAUCCCAAGUCAGAGCACUAUGAAUAGUAUUACCCAAGAACUCUUGCGUUCUGGAUUUAACCCGAAUUACUUGAUCAAAAUUGAUCAAACGAAUACAAUUGAUGGAGAUUUCAUAUUUGAAAAAUCAUAUUAUGAAUCAACAGUGACCACUUUUUCUUCAACUAAUAAUGUUGUUUCCACGAAAAGUGUAAGUAGUACAACUGUCGUUGGAAGAAGUACUCCCUUAGUUGGACUUCCUGAAAUAUGUCCACAGAACUGGGACGUUGUAACUUUUAACGAUCAAUACUCUACUGUUGCAUUCCAAGGAACAUGGAACGUACAAAUGGCAACACCAACAUACAUGAAAGGAAACAAUCCAUUGAAAACCGGACUGUUCUGUAACACUUAUCCAAGCACCAGAAAUCAAUUGAUAUUCCAGGAUACCACACCUUGUGAUAAAACUGAUUACAACAUUGAAUACGAAGUGAUUGAUCAAUCCUACAAUCUUUAUACACAAUGUCCAGAAAGCACAAAAACGUUAUUCAGUCCAGCAUAUGGAAAAGACAGCAAAUAUGCAAUCUUUAACGUUGGUACUGAAAAAUAUUAUAAAAACCCAUUAACCGAAACAUAUCCAUUCAUUGAUGACAAAUUAAUCAGACAUAAAAUCGAGGGUUCCUGCCAGAGAGAAUACACAAUCGCUGUAAUUGGAGCCGAUAAACAUUGGAAAGAGUAUAUGGUAAUGGCUAUUAUCAACAGAUAUAAAAACUUCUUCUGCGACAAUGAGUAUAUCAUCUGGGUAAUGACAAGAGAUCUUAUCCCUAAAUGGAGUACUUAUAAUAAAGCAUUCGAAGACAUUCAGAAGAGUGGUCUUAACCCAUACCAUUUGAUAAGUGUUGAUCAUUCGCUAGACUCAUUGCCUUCAUUACCUACUGCACCUUCAGGACCUUUAGGACCUUCUGUACCUUCAGUACCUACAAUAACAACUGGUGACAUCAAUAAUGUGGUACAACAAACUUCCGUCUCUAAAUCAUCAACAACAAAAUCCAUAAGUACUGACAGUACUUCAUCUACUUCAACUACUUCAACAACUACAGUAGAGACAUCAACUGUUGUAAUCGAGAUAAGCUCAGAUUUCACUAGCACUUAUGAAAUUGGACAAUGUGAUUUAUACAACGGUAUCCAAAUCUUGAAGAGCCUGGAUACUAAAGCUAUCAGACGCGCCUUGUCUGGAAAAUAUUACUUGGCCGAAGCAACACCUUGCUCGUAUUUCGAUAUCCCCAAUUCUAGAGUCGGUAUUUUAAAUACUGCUUUCCCUGCAUGCUCGAUGCAACUUAUUUUCGACGAUAUAUCCAUGGAUACGUGGGAUUACAAUACUCCUCAUAUGAUGAUGGACCGCGGUUAUAACAUGAAGACCGGUGAAAUUCAAGAAACGAGAAGCUAUAUUUCUUCACUGUAUCCUGCAGACCAUCCAUACGGUUCAACUGUUUUCUCAAUAUAUUCUGAAGGAUAUUAUCCAGAUACAAUUGAAGAAUUGAUGAAACUUAAAUUAGAUGGAAUGAUUUGCAAACCGCCCUCAGAUAUAUACAAACACCAAAUCAUUGCAAGUAUUAUUGGAUACAAUGAAGACGAUUACCUAUUGCUGUGCCUUGCUAACCAGUACAAGAACCCAUUCUUUACUUCGGAACCAGUAUACCAAGUCUAUGCCUAUACAAGAGAUAGAAUUCCAUCCCAGAAAACUAUGAACAAUAUAAAUCAAGAAUUAUUGCGCGCUGGAUACAAUCCAAAUUACUUGAUCAAAAUAGAUCAGUCCUCGGAAAUAGAUGUAGAAUACGUAUUUGAAACUUCAUAUUAUGAAUCGACAACUUCAUGCUGGAGUAGUAGUAGCAGUAGCUAUAGUUCGACUAGUUCAUCUUACUCAUCGUCAUCAUUAAGUUCGACUAUUAGCAUUGGGUGUUAAGUAAUUUAAAAUAUUAUACAUUAUGUCAAUACAUUCAUUUUAAUAAAUAAAUAUAAAUAUCACGCAUUAUUAA